AUGACCAGGAGCUUUUCAAAGAACAAAUUCUCUCACUGUUUUCGUCCUGUGGUUGAUAUUGAUGGCUUGCUCGAAUCCAAACUUGCUGCUCAUCGGUCGGAGAAUAAACCUGAGCAGCAUCAUAAAAAACGUACGGUUUUAAAAGUGAUCAAAGCUGCGGUGUUGGAAACCAUAUUGAAUACAAGAGCUCUUCAUAAAUAUCCUUACGGCCUUGCUUGUUUUGGUGGGUUCAAGAAUAAUUUUUCCACGCAUAAAAAAGAAACCAAAGCCUCUCAAUCGUCUUUAUCGACUGUAUCUUUAAACAGUUCGUCUUUUUCAAGCCCGAAAGUAAUAUUACAAUCAGAGAACAUGGCCACCAAAGGAAAUCAUGAGAAAGAAAGUAGCAGUGGAAGCGCACUGUUAGAGAAGCAAAAGAAGUUUGAGUUCUGUGCUAUCUGUUUGGUUGUCAUAAGCUUAAUAUUUACAGUGUUUUGGGGAAAACUAUUUGGAAUUAUUUUGACAUCAAUAUGCCUCUACUUUUUCUUUCUUUUUAACUCAAACUACAGCUGUCAAAUGAUGCUUCUGAAGAGUAGAAUAUACAGUGUAGUGUGCAGUACAAACAUGAAUGUAAAGGGUCAUUAUGAAAUGUGUGCGAAUUGCCAUAAUGAACAUUAA